AUGAAGAACGUCCUCGGCUUAGCCCUCGCGGCCUCGCUGGCGGCGAGCGCCACGGCGAACUCGCACCACCACCUCCACCGCCACGCCCGAAAGCACGUCGGAACCAAGGUUGUCGACAAGCGCAUCGAGCAAGUGGAGGUCGUCGUCGUCGCUGCCGCGACCGCCUACGAGAUGGCGGGAGAGCCCUAUGAAGCGUCCAAGGCUGAGCAGUGUAUUGAGCGUGGAGAGUGCGUUGUUGUUGGCGAGACGACGCCCACUCUGCCGCCGCCGCCGCCGCCGCCGAAGACCACGUCCGAGCCCAAGCCCGAGCCCACGACCACGUCCAAGGCACCUGCCAAGUUCAUCGAGAAGCCUUCGCCAUCGCCGCCCCCUCCCAAGAAGGAGCCGCCUCCUCCAGCCCCGUCGCAGGCUAAGCCCGCCAAGUCGAGCAGUUCCGGCAAUGGAGGAACCGGUCUCACGGCGGAAUUCCCAAGUGGAACAAUCAAGUGCUCCCAUUUUCCUUCCGACUACGGCGCAGUCGGUCUCGACUGGCUUAAAACCGGUCUCUGGUCAGGGCUUCAACAUUGCCCAGGCCACAACCCAAUCGAAGACACGGCUAUUAGCUUCAUCGAGACUCUUGUUGCCGGCGACACUUGCAAACCGGAAACCUAUUGCUCGUAUGCCUGCCCUCCCGGCUGGGAGAAAUCUCAGUGGCCCAAGACCCAAGGAGCCACUGGACAGUCAGUUGGCGGCCUUUGGUGCAACAAGAGCGGGUUCCUUGAGCUGAGUCGGCCGAGCGUCAAGACUCUCUGUCAGAAGGGCGCCGGGGGCAUCACCAUCAAGAACGACCUCUCCGAGGUCGUCUCCACGUGCCGUACCGACUACAGCGGAACCGAGAAUAUGGUUAUCCCUUUCGUCGCUCAGCCUGGAUCCACGGUAGAGGUCACGAACCCUAUGCAGUCCGAGACCUACGUUUGGCAGGGCAAGAAGACUUCGGCGCAGUACUAUAUCAACCCAAUGGGUCUUGAUAAGGAAGAGGCUUGCAUCUGGGGGAGCGCCACGCGGCCCAAUGUGGGCAACUGGGCUCCCCUUGUCCUGGGUGUUUCUCAGGAUGAGAGUGGCGUCACGUGGAUCGGCCUCCAGCCAAAUUGGCCUACCAGCAGCGCCGUGCUUCCCUAUACGGUGACGGUAACGGUCAAUGGCAGCAAGCAGUGCUCGGUCACCCGCGGCAACUUCUCCAAUGGCAACCCGAAAGGCUGCACGGUCUCUGCGCAGAAAGGCGACUCGGUCGUUGUUAGGUUUUCGUAG